CGAUAAUGAAUGCAGGUGGACUUAAGUUCAGGAUGAGAAACUAAGGCUGAGCCGGACGCAAGGCUGUCCGUUGGUGGAUUGUAGUUCCCCUGUGAAGCAACUGCGUUGACUAAAGUCUACACAGGCUACAGUGGAAACAAAACAUAUUUCUGGCGUGCUGAAGAAUGGAUAAGCUAUUGGACUUCGGUUUCCAGAAUAUAGACCUAUGGCGCAGCGAGGAGAUGGAGCUUGUUCGGCUACUUAUUCCAAGCGAGAGCGCCCAUGACACUGUGGCAGCUUUGGGGGAAGUUGGCCUGCUGCAAUUCAAGGACUUGAACCCGGAGAAGAGUGCCUUUCAGCGAACCUACGCAAACCAGGUGAAGCGUUGCGAUGAGAUGGCCCGCAGGCUGCGCUUUUUCCAGGAGCAGGUGGAGAAGGCGGGAUUGACGCCUGCGGUGCGCGGCUCGCCGACGGGGAAACACGAACUCGACGACCUCGAGAGCAAGCUGCAAGAGCUAGAAAAGGAGCUAAUAACCAUGAACGAGAACACUGAGCGCCUUGACCGGACCUAUAACGAGUUGGUGGAGCUGCAGGUUGUUCUGGAACACGCAGCUAAGUUUUUCGAUAAGGCAAAGGCAAACGUGCGCGUGGAGGCGUUCGACCGUGAUUACUCCGGUGUUCAAGAAAACCCAGAUGCUCCUUUGCUGGAGAUGGGGGCACAGGACAAGAUUGCUCGGAUCGGCUUCGUUGCGGGCACAAUUCCUGCGGAAAAGGUCAACGGCUUCGAGCGACUGCUCUUUCGGGCCACCCGCGGCAACAUGUACCUGCGUCAGGGCUCCGUCGGGGAAGUAAAGGACCCUAUCACCAACGAGACCAUCAGCAAGCAUGUGUUCGUAAUUUUCUUCGCUGGGGAUCGAUCGAAGAUCAAAAUCAUGAAGAUAUGUGAAGCGUUCAACGCCAAUCGCUAUCCGUUCCCAGACGAUCCCGCGCGGCAGCGGCAGAUGGAUAGCGAGGUAACGGCGCGCAUUCGUGAGCUGCAAACUACCAUUGAUGCGGGCGAGCGGCAUCGGAAAUCCCUCCUGCAGACUAUCGCGGCGAAUAUGGACGAAUGGGCUACCCUGGUACGGCGUGAAAAAGCAGUCUACCAUACAUUGAACAAGAUGAACGUAGACGUGACUUCGAAGGUGCUGGUGGCCGAGGCAUGGGUGCCGUCCGUUGCCAAGCUGGAGGUGCAGCGUGUCCUCAGGGAAAGCGCCGAGAACAGCAGCACGCAGGUUCACGUCAUCGUGCAGCCCGUGGCAACACACGAGAUGCCUCCGACGUACUUCCGCACAAACAAGUUCACGUCAGCAUUUCAAAACAUUGUCGACUCGUACGGUGUCGCCCGGUACCGGGAGGUCAACCCUGCAGUCCUGACGCUGAUGACGUUUCCGUUCUUGUUUGCGGUUAUGUUCGGUGAUUUCGGACACGCUAUCCUCAUGAUUGCAUUUGCGGCUUUCCUCGUGUGGAAGGAGAAACAGCUUGCCAAGCAGGACCUGGGUGACAUGUUGUCGCUAUUGUUUGGCGGGCGGUACGUCAUCCUAUUGAUGGGCAUCUUUGCUUUCUACGUCGGUUUUAUCUACAACGAGUUUUUCUCGAUGCCAACCGUUAUAUUUGGACGUACACGGUUCAAGUGUUUCCAUUCUGACUAUUCAGAAAUUGUGAACGACGAUGGCGUUUCAAUUACUAACCAGAUCGAUCCUCGCGAUUGCAAGGCUCAGUACGGGGGCGUACUAAUGAUGCCUCGAGACAGCGCACCUGUUGUCUUUGGCAUGGACCCAAUAUGGCAUGGUCGUAAAACUGAGUUGCCUUACUUCAAUUCUAUCAAGAUGAAGAUGUCCAUCUUGCUUGGAGUCACCCACAUGGAUUUCGGUAUCCUCAACUCGCUGUUCAACAAUAUGUACUUCAGGGAACCCCUGUCCAUCUUUUGCGAGUUUAUUCCUCAGAUGAUUUUCCUGAACUCCAUAUUCGGUUACCUCUGCCUGCUGAUCAUCAUUAAGUGGUGCUCGGGCAAGCUUACGGACCUCUACCACGUCAUGAUUUACAUGUUCCUGUCACCCGGUGCGGGGCCCGAGAAAAAGGAGGAUGAGCUCAUUAACGGUCAGGGUGGCUUGCAGGUCUUCUUGCUGCUGAUUGCAUUCUUCGCUGUGCCGUGGAUGCUUUUGCCGAAGCCGCUUAUCCUUAAAAAACGGCACGAGGCCAUGCAGGCCGCAAAGGUGGGCAAUUUCGUUGAGAUGACUCAAAAUUAUGGCGCGCUGGCGGACGACGAGGAGGGCCGCCACAGACCUCAUGGCGGUGAGCAUGGCCACACCAGUUCUGGUGGUCAGGGUGGCGACCACGGAGGCGGCCACGGCGACCACGGUCAUGGCGAGUUUCAGUUUGGGGAAGUUAUGGUACACCAGAUGAUCCACACAAUCGAGUUCGUGCUGGGCGCCGUGUCGAACACCGCAUCGUAUCUGCGCCUAUGGGCAUUGUCAUUGGCCCAUAGCCAGCUGUCCGGUGUGUUUUACGACCGUGUCCUUAUGCUAACGAUUUCCAUGAACAAUGUGGGCGCCAUGAUUAUCGGGUUUUUCGUUUUUGCCUGCGCGACGUUAGGUGUGCUGAUGGUUAUGGAGUCACUUUCGGCUUUCUUGCAUGCCCUGCGUUUGCACUGGGUCGAGUACCAGGGGAAAUUCUACAAGGGCGAUGGGUACACUUUUACGCCGUUCAGCUUCAAGACGCUUAAGCAGUCCGAGGAAGGCGGAGCAAACUAAACGGUCUUCUCCACCAUUACGAUGGGAUUGCUAAGAUUAACUUUGUGGGUGUGGGCUUGCCGAAGCCGAGACUCGCGUCCCAUGUGCAGGGCACGGGUGACGGGAAAUGAUACUGCUAUUUAGCAUCAAAGAGCAUGAUUGAAGCAGUUUUGAGCUUGAGCGAUCAUCGGUUGACGAAGUGGUGCGUGUGAGUGCCCAUUCUUGGUGAGCGUCCGAGGUGUCCCGCGUGUGUGAUUGCAUCGACGUGUUUGAUUGGGACUUGUGCUCAGUAUUGACACAUCCAUCGGAUCGCAUGAUGAAUUCCUAUUGUUGACCACGUGUGAGAGGAGUCCAAACGGGGCUAUGAAGAGAUUUUAGUUAUCGUGCAAUACAUAUCUAGGGUAAUUUGGCAUAACCACCUUCAUUUGGCUGGGGUGGCCGCCAUCUUGAUGAGUGAAGACUUCUUUCAGCGGCUGUGUAAAGGCACGCACCAGC